AUGUCCUCCGCCACGUUCCACUUCCCGACGCCCGGGGUGCGCGCGCUGCUCACGCUGGCGCUGGACUUCCGCAAGCGGAUGUACGCGCCGCUGCCGUGGGGGUACUACGACAGCGUCGUCCACUUCACCCGUGUGCGCGCCGACCUUGACGUCGGGCUGCCCGCCGUCGCGGCGGCGCUGGACCACCACGUUGCCGGUGUGCCAGAGGACGAGUUGUGGCGCGCCGUGGAGUGGCUCGACGCCCGCCAGCAGCAGGAGGGCGGCGGGGCUCAGGCAGCCAGCGGCGGGGAUGGAUGGCGGCCGCCGGUGUGGGUGGCGGCAGGCAAACCCUAG